UGAGGUGGGCCAAAGUUUGGGAGUGCGGGAAUUAGGCACUGGAACCAGUGAGGGAACUGCUGAGAGCCACCGUACGCUGAGUUACAGGGCCUUUUGCCACACCUCGGACUUCUGUCAGCUGAAUUCUGGGUGAGGGUGUCAGAGAAGGUGGUAGCAGGAGGAUUGGGAGAGGAAGCAUAAGUUUUGGGGAGCGUGGAAGAAGGAAAGAAGGAGCCUGCAAAAAAUCGAAGGAGGGAGAAAGAGACUGUGAGAAGGUGUGGUGGUAAGGAGACAGAACAGUUUCAAAUCUGCCAGCAAACGAAUACUCUCUGAACUCAGAUUCAAAAAACUUCAAAUCACUUGGGAAAUGAAUUUCUUGCAAAUAAAUGUGGAACAGCUAGUUUAAGGUUGCAUAAGGUCAGGAGCUUCAAAAAACUUGUUACAAAUUUGACUGUACUAAACAUUGUCAAUUGUUAAAUUUAAUAGUAAAAUUGAGAUCUGAGAUUCAGUGAGUGAAGAUGGAACUGCCUCAUUUGUGGCAGUUUUGUGCAUAUGCGGUGAAAAUGCCUUCGAUUUGACCUUAUCAGUCUGUGGAUGGUGUGCUCAGGCUGAUGGAUUCUCAUGUAGAAAUACGUCAAGCAUCUUUAAAAACAUUUCUUAACUGAUGUCUGUGGUCUUGUACCAAUUUAAACAUUCUGCUGUCCAGGAAAUUACUGCUGUCCUUGUGUUUUAUAACUAUAAAUUUCACAAUGAGUUGAUGAUUAUUGAGAAGAUUGAUUAAUUAUUCUAAUUCAGCUUCUAUAUCAGUCCAAAUACCCCAUUUGUCAACAUAAAUACAGAAAGUAUUACUUUAUGACAACAUUACCUAAAAUGAGUUGGUGAGGAUGAAAACAUAGCCCCCAAAUCACACCCCUUCAGAAAAUCUCAAGAGGCGAACAGUGGACACUUGUUGUUUGAAGAAUUGCAAGCUCUCUCUCAUUCCUUUACUGCAGAUCUGGUUGAAUAUUCAUCUGCUUCUAUGCGGUGCCUUGUUCCUCACUGACAUUAUCAAAAAUCACUCACAGAUAUUAAUCCACAGCUCUCCUUUUCCAGUGACCCUGAAAUCCAUAAUUGUUAUUAUGCCGUUCAAUUUUCCUGAUACAAUUCAAUACAAACUAAAAUUAUCCAAUUUCACAUCCUGGCUCUCAAUUCUAUUUUCUUCUGUGAGUGCUUCUGCAAACUUAAGUUUCAAGUGCUCGGCCUUGGAAUUCUACCCCAAGCUGAUCUUGUAGCAGUACACUACCAAAGACUGCCAGCUUCCAAUCUAAUUUGUACGUUAAUCACCUUGAGGCCAGUGUCUCAAACUCCACUCUGCAGAAACAACUACUAAUUCCAAUGACUUUUACCUUUACUGACUUUUCAUUCCUUAAAGUGAUAUCAAUCCUGCACUUUAUUGACAAGUCUCUCGAAACCUUCCAUGCUUUCUGACUCUGAAAUUUUCACAAGUCUGAUAUCAUUGCUUGGACCUGCUCCUUCUUCAUUUCUAAUGUGUGUGUUCUCGACAUCUGACACACUGUUAGCGGAGCUUUGAUCCACUGGGCUCCCCCACUGUUGAUCCCCAUCUCUAGAUACUUCUCUUCACCCAUUCUAAAAAAAACUUCCCUGCAUUUUUAAUCACUUUUGUUCAUUCUUCAACUAUGCAGACUCUGAAGCUAUUUACUUUGUUGUGAGAACUUGUAUAAAUUGCAGUUGUGGAAAUUAGUUUAAUGGUCAGGAAAUGAGGAGUUCAAUAUGGUUUUGUUGUAAAUAUUGGAAAGGACAACCAGUGAUAAAUAAUAUACCUCAUAGAACUAUGACAUUGAUUCUAAUGCUUUGCUUUGUUCCUAUCUAGCUGUGAGACUGGCUUUAAACGUGGUGACCUCUUCAUAUCAUAUCGGAACAUGUUCCAGGAUGUGCGAGACACAGUGGAUUUCAUUCAUGAUUCUACCUGUGAAACCAUUACAGCUGAGACACAAAAUACAAGUAGAUCUGGAGGUGAUUGAUGCUUCAUCCAAUAAAUGGGACUUUGAAGAAGAAAACUCUCGGAAACCUGGAAAAGUAUGUGAUGAAGGAUCCUCGGUUGCCCGUGCUCCUCAGCCGAAUGAAAGAAGUGGGAAAAAUUUUCCUUGCCACCAACAGUGAUUACUCCUAUACAGACGCAAUAAUGAAAUAUUUGUUUGAUUCCUCACUUGGGCAAAAGUCUGGUACAUUGCAUGUCUCCUGGCAUUCCUACUUUGACCUGAUUUUAGUCGAUGCAAGGAAACCUCUAUUCUUUGGAGAAGGAACCGUUCUCAGACUGGUUGACACUGAAUCUGGGAAGCUUCGAAUUGGCACUUACACAGGCCCUUUGCAAAGUGGUAUUGUUUAUUCUGGAGGGUCAUCAGAUAUGAUCUGCGACCUUUUGGGGGUGAAGGGCAAAGAGAUUUUGUACAUUGGAAAUCACAUUUUUGGAGACAUCCUCAAAUCCAAGAAGCGGCAGGGUUGGAGAACAUUCCUGGUUGUGCCUGAACUGGCACAUGAGCUGCAGGUCUGGACAGAGAAGAGCGGACUUUUCGAAGAACUUAGGAACCUUGAUAUGUUUGUGGCAAAUAUUUACAAGAAUCUGGACAGUAGCAGCAAUGAACGUCCUGAUAUCACCUUAAUUCGGAGACAAAUAAAAGCAGUUACCCAUGAGAUGGAUAUGUGCUAUGGAAAGAUGGGAAGUUUAUUAAGAUGUGGCUCCAGACAAACACUAUUUGCUAGUCAGCUGAUGCGUUAUGCUGACCUGUAUGCUGCCUCGUGUAUAAAUCUUCUGUAUUACCCUUUCAGCUACCUAUUCCGAGCACCACCUGUUCUGAUGCCUCAUGAGUCAACAGUUGAACAUGCCCCACAGGACAUGAGCUGCAUGGAAUCUGUCCUAGACAAUCAAAUGAACAAAUUUGAACUAACCAAUGGGAACCACCAGGUCAGUCAAUGUUCAGGCCUGCCUACUACUUCCAUCUCCGCACCCACCAAAGCCAGCAUUAUGCCAUUUUAAGAACAUAAGAAAUAAGAGGAGGAAUAAGCCAUAUGCCCUGCCAUUCAACAAGAUUUUGGCCAUUCUGCGGAGGCCUCAACUCCUCUUUUAUGCUAGCUUCUUAUCGGCUUCAACUCACUGAUAUUCCAAAAUCUAUUUAUCCCCUUUUUAAAUACUUUCUGUGAUCUAGCUUCCCCAACUCUCUGGGGGAGAGAAUUCCAGAUCUUCACUAUCCUCUGAGAGAAUAAAUUCCUUCUUGUUUCAGACAAAAAUGAGUGUCUGCCUAUUCUCUGACUAUGUCACUGAGUUUCAGAUGAUCCCACACAUGGAAACAUCUUCUCAACAUCUCCCCUGUCGAUCCCCUCAGAAUUGAUUAUGUUUUUGCAUUUCAUGCACAGGAACACCCAAUAUGUUGCACUUUUAUGGAGUCUCUUUCCAUUUAAGUAAUAGCCUGCCUUUUGAUUCUUCUCAACUUCUCAUUUUUCUUCAUUAACCUUCAUCUGCUGCAUUUUUGCCUCUUCAACUACCUGAAUCCACAUCACAAUAUGCUUUCUUACCUAUUUAUGUAGGGUCAGCCAAUUUGGAUACAUUACACUCUGCCCUUCCUUCAAGUAAUUAACACAGAUUGUAAACAAUUGAGGUCUGAGGACUGAUCUUUGUGGUACCCCACUUGUUGCAAUCUGAAAAAGACCCAUUCAUCCAGACUGUGUUCUGUCUGUCAGCCAAUCCUCAAUCUAUACAAAUAAUUACCCUCAGAGCGGAGUUCCCAGAUUGUGCAAUAACAGUUUAUGUGGUGCUUGAUCAAAUGGUUUUGGAAUUCCAAACAUUAUAUUUACCAGUUCCCCUUUGUCAAGCCUGCUUGUUAUAUCUUGAAAGAUAUAAACCUCUGAGACUAUCUUCCUCAAAGAACUCUAGCAAAUUCACCAAACAUGAUUUCUCUUUGACAAAAUCCUUUGACUUUUUUGAUAAACUUUAGCAUUCUUGUUGUUUGUUUUAUAUUUCUUGCCAAGUUACAUGCAAAAUCAAUUUUCACAC